UGUCUCGGUAUUCAUUGCAGUCAUGUUAGUAGGCCUAUUUUAAACGUGGAGAAAUGUUUUAUCUGUUUGAAGGUAUUGAAGCAAUACUGUUAACGUACGCUACUGAAAGUAGAGUUUACAAGUAGUUAGCAACUUAGCCAAAGAUCGUAAAAAUUGCGUUAAUCCGCAAAAGACAGAAACACUUAACAUUAUGUCAGAAAGCUUCGCGCUAGGUUAAAAGUAACUUUAACUUUAUCUCACGAUUCCGCUAACGUUUAACUUACGUUUAGGCCUGUAUUAUUAUUGUAACGCUGUUAGGCGUCCCGUGACAUGAAAUGUGAUUCUGACUUCCAAGGACGGGGGAGGCUGUCUUUUUCGCUCGCGAAAGCAGGGAACAUGUCAGUGGAAGACCACAAAACUGUAGAACGCUUUUUGGUUGGUGAUUAAAGCUAAGGUAGCCUAGUUAACCGCCAUUAAACUACAUCACAAUAUUCUAGAUAUAGAAUACUAUAUAGAUAUCUAGAUAGAUAGAUAGAUAGAUAGAGAAUACUAUACUGUAAAUCCCAUGAACUCUUCAUUAUUCUCAAUUGAUAAUGCUACCUACAAAUGAAAACUGACCGUUAAAACUAUGUAGACCUGUUUUCACAGUGUCUACAACUGUAAGGUUUAGCACUGCUGUGGCAUUUCGAUAUUCAAAUGGUGUGUGUUUGAGUACGUGUGUGUGUGUGUGUGUGUGUGACUGAAAUAGCUUAACUGCACAAUGAGCGGGGUCCACUUUGUGGAGACUUUGUUUCGCCUGGGCUAUCCAGAAGCCUCUACUCUGAAGCCCACAGAGUUUGACUGGAUGUUUGAUGACACCGCGGAAACCCAGGAAUUCCUGCGCUUCUUCUGCGGUCUUGGAGCCCAGAAUGUUCUGUCUGAGGAGGAGAAGCGUGGGUACACAAGCCUAGUUGAGUUGGGCAAGCCCAUCCUGACCGAGCUGGAGCUUGAGAAAUUGGAACAGCUGAUGAGGUCAAGGCAACUGGAGUUAAACGAGGAAGAUGAGAGUGAUGAGCUCGUGGAUGUGGUGGAGGACACUGCUGACGAGAGUCUUGUGGAGCUCCAGCAGGAGCUGGAGAACCUGCACAAGCAGAAGCGUCUGAAGCACCAGCGUCUGCUCCAGCUCCAGGGUCUGGGGCAGAGGUAUGCUGACGGCGCCUCGGCCCUCUCUGAGCGCGCUCAGAGCCAGGAGCAGGACGACGGAGGAGCGGAGCCCGUGGCGGUGGCGAAGGCUCUCGCCAAGGAGAACGUGACCACUAACGUGGUGCUGCAGGACCUCCAAGGCGAGGUGAAAAAGCUGCAGGGCCUCGUGUUUGCAGAGAGUGAUGCUGUGGAGAAGCAGCAGGAGUACCUGCAGAUGGAGUGCCACUCCCGCCGCUCAGCUGCCCUGCUCUCCCUUCUCCCACUGCAGCCGUACCUGCAGGAAGUGCAGCUCGCCCUCCACAACAUUAUGGGUCACUACAAGAGGUGCCUUGCUGAGGAAACGUCUAUGUUGGAUGAGGAGGGGGAUGAUGGAAAGGAGGAGGGUGAUGUGGUGGAGAGGAACAAGGGCGAGCUGGCGCGGCUGCAGGCGGCCUUCCUGCUGGUCCAGGCACAGCUGGUGCAGGCGCGGGCAGAGGAAGCCGGAGCCAGGGCGUCCAAGGAGUGGCUCUCACAAAAGAGGAGCUCCGAUGCACAGUCUGUGCCCCCCGACCCCGACGCUACCCCUACCGUGCCAGCGGAUCGUCUCCUCGCCCUCCUUCACCAUUGUGCCAAGGCGCUCUGCCUGCCUGUGCUCCUGGCGGACGCGCGGGAUCAGGCAGAGACGGUGAAGCACGUCGCCACUCUGCAGGAACACUUAUGGGGGGCGCUGCUGAGCCAGCUCACCCAGCUGGAGCUGCUGCGGGCGCUGUUGGGGGCCGAGCGGGACGCUCACAUCGCCGCCCUCACACGCACGGAGCGACUGGCGCGCACCCUGGAGGAGGAAGAGGCCGCGUGGGCGUCCCGGCGGAGUGAGGAGCUGAGGCGUCUGCAGAAGAGCGUGCCCGGUCCUCAGAGUGAGCCCAUCCUCAGCACUAAAGACCCCACCGUCAAGAGGUUGCUGGCCAUGCUGGAGUCCCCUGAGGAGACUGACCGCUGCUUUGACUGUCUGGUCGACCUCACAGACUUGAUCUCUGCCCAGUCGGCUGAGGUCCAGCAGCUGGGUGGCUCUAAGGGCUUGGCCGUGGCUGAACUGCAGAGUCUGCAGGUUGGUCUGGAGGAGGAGCAUGAGGCUCUGAGGCGGACUGCUCUCUCUGAGGCCGGGCAGGUGCAGCUGUCCCCGCAGGACAUGUCUGAAACCAUGCAAGAGUUGGAGAAGCAGACUGCCUCCUUCUUCAAGCAGCUGCAGCAGGUGACUGCUGAGCUCUCCUUGAAGCGCUCCCUGCUGAAGCGGAGCGCCCCCCUGAGGUGGGAGAGGGAGCUGUAUGUGCUUUUCCAUCUGGACCCGUCCCAGCUGAGCAGAGUGCUGGAGGACUGGGAGGACCAUGAGUGAACCAGACGACACAACGGCCGCAACACAACUUAUCUCUGCCAGCUCUCCUUCUGUUGGUCCACUACUUAACCUGAAGCCCGAGCACCCUCACCCCCGACACACACACACACACACACAGACCCACUGCCGCAAAUUACAGCUGGUGAAGAUGGCGGUUUGGUACCGCAUUAGAAGUGGGAAAUCCCAUAUUAGUUAUUCGGUCCGCGUUUUGACCAGGUGGCUCUCACGUCAUGCACCUUAGUUUACUCUUUUUUUCUUUGUUGGUAUGCGUGCAAUAGACUAUCUCUCUGUGUAUGCUCUAAUUCUAAUGCACUUUCUAAUGUCUUUUGUGUUACUAAUAUGAUGUUGCUUUUAGACUUUAUAUAUUAUGUCUUAUAUUAUGCUUUAUAAGUGACUGAGUGGAAGUUGGAUAGCAAUCCUUGAGGUCAUCCAAACAUGCCCUCACUGUGGUGUUUGUUUUGUGCAAUAGGUUGGUCAGAGGAAGGGGGGAAAAGCACUUUAAAUUUCGUAUAAAAAAAAAAUAAAAUAUUAAAAGCAUUUAAUCAUUUUCUUUUCCUACUUUUUUAUGCCUGCUCCGAUUUGGUUCUCAUUCUGCCUACUGAAAUUAACAGUCUGUAGUGGUCAUUCACCUGGUUGCUUCCUAAUGGCUUAGGUUUGGUUUAUUUCUUACUGUGUACAGUGUAGAGACAUUGACUGUGCAAAUCCAGUGUGAUAUCCGGUUCAUCAAGAAUUGAACUGAAUAUUGGCACUGAAUAAGUUUGGUCGAGUUUGGCAUUGUUGAUAUGCUAUUCCAACCUUUUCCCUCGAGCUGAAGUGGGGAAAUGUGCUGGAGCAAGAGAAAGCAAUGUUUUCAGUGAAUCAAGAGAGUAGAGCCUCCCUAACAUAACAUCUUACACCCUGCAGGACGACCAGUAGAUAGAGAGAAAGGGAGCGAG